CGAUUGAUUUAUAAUAGAUUCAGCGCAUAAUUAGACAUGUUUAGGUACUAUUAGGUAUAACAACAAAAAUCAGAGGAGCAAGAGAUUGAUAUAUGUUAACAAGCACUUUUAUUCGGCCUAUUCAAUGCAGUCCGACGAUAUCGAUAUCGAAGAUCAGCGGAUUCCACAGAAUAUCCCAGGUCCUCCGCAGCUGCCGCCGUUAAUCAAAGGCCAGAAAGUAAAAAGUGGGCCCUAUACUAUCACGGUGACAGAUGAAAUGGUAGCACAGAGGGAAAGAGAGAAUUUAGAAUUGUACAAAGCCUGGGUGCGAGAACAGCGCAGAAGGAACAUGUUACCGCAAGAAGAAGCCGAUGAAUUUAUAGGCGAUUUUAAGGACAUUAUUGUUAGGAGAAGCUUUGUUCGCAAGGUUUUCUGUCUCCUUACGUUGCAACUGAUGUUCACUAUCUUUGUUAUAUCUAUCUUUAUGUUCUGGGAUGAAGCGCAGAAAUUUAUGAUAGUAUACUGGUAUCUGUGGAUCGUUGCCAUGGUGAUCUUCAUCGUCGCUUAUUGUACUGUAUCCUGCUCAGUGCACGCUAGACGAACGCCUCCAUUCAAUUACAUCUGCCUAAUUCUGCUGACAUUGGGAAUGUCAUAUUUGGCCGCCUUCGUCUCCGUGUUUUAUACCAUCGAGGUGAUUCUCAUCGUUAUGGGCAUGACCGCCAUUGUUACGAUGAUCAUAGCUCUUAUAGCAACAUUCUCCACGUUUGACUUGACAAUGAGACCGGGCUUGUUGAUGGUGAUUGGGUUAGUUUCGAUCGUAUCUAUUUUUACGGUGCUAAUAAUCCUGCUGUUUACUCAUAUAAUGGUUUUACGCCUGGUAAUCGCUAUCAUUGGAACGCUCCUACUGUGCAUGUAUUUAUACUUCGAUGUGCAGACCAUCAUGGGUGGACGCAGAAUAGAAUUGAAUCCCGACGAAGUCAUCUUUGCAACUACGCAGCUUUACGUUGACAUCGUACUGUUAUAUCAGUAUUUGCUGAUGUUUAUGGGAUUCUUUCAUCGAUGA